ACCUGUCCAAUAUUUAACUUUAAUUAUAAGAUAUGCCGAUUUUUGGACUGUGGAUCAACUACCCCUACUAUUCCGGUAAGUUCUCGGUUUGGAUCAGAACUCAGAUGAACUGAAGUCAGACAGUUAAUAAACCUUAGAGGUUUGGAGAGUAGAAGUCACCAUGUCUGUACAAGAGUCUGAGGAUACCUUUUCAGAUAUCCAGACUUACUUCACAGCUGAGGAAUGGGCAAAGAUCAGCAAUUAUGAAAGAAUCUGUAUCAAGAAUGUCAAAGAAAACUAUGAGAUAAUGAUGAAAGCUGGAUUACAGGCCUCUCUACCCAUGUUCAUGCAACGAGAGAAUGGAAUAAUGGAUUCAGGAUGGAUACAGAUCAAAGAAGAAAUUAAGAAUGAGGAAGAAGAAAGUGAUAUCAAGAGUGAAGAAGUGUCUCUCGAUGUUCUGGUUACGAAUCAAGAACAAGGUCAGACGGAGAAGAAACCAUCAUAUGAAGAUAGUUUUGUACCACAAACUAUAAAAAUAGAAGCUCUUUCUGAUGGUGAUGAUGAUUAUUCUUUGAAUAAUGAUCUUCACAGUGGAGGAGAGUGGAACAGUGAUAUUCUCGAAUUGAAUGACUUGGGGAAAGCCAUCCAAUCACAGAGCAGUCUAUCUGAUCAGGAAAAUCAGUCAGGUGAUCUCAACACUCAGUCAUGUGAUCAAAAGUCAGUACAAUCAUUGGCAGAAGUAGCAGCAGGAGGCAACCAGACUCCUAAGCAAUCAGGUGAUCUCAACACUCAGUCAUGUGAUCAACAGUCAGAACAAUCAUUAGCAGAAGUAACAGCAGUAGGCAACCAGACUCCUAAACAAUCAGGUGAUCUCAACACUCAGUCAUGUGAUCAAAAGUCAGAACAAUCAUUGGCAGAAUUAGCAGCAGGUUGCAACCACACUCCUAAGAAAUCAGGUGAUCUCAACACUCGGUCAUGUGAUCAAAAGUCAGAACAAUCAGAAGUAGCAGCAGGAGGCAACCACACUCCUAAGCAAUCAGGUGAUCUCAACACUCAGUCAUGUGAUCAAAAGUCAGAACAGUCAUUGGCAGAAAAAGCUCCAGCUAGUCUGACUUCUACGAAAUCACAUGAUCUCAACAAUCAGUCAUGUGAUCUCAACAGUCCAUCAGGUGAUCCAGACAUUCAGUCAUGUGAUCAGAGUUCAGAACAAACCUUGACAGAAGUAGGUCCAGCAAGAAACCAGAUUCCUGAGAAACCUCAAUCUUGUCAGGAAGUUAGCGGGCAAUCUAAUUGGCAUGCUGAUAGAAUGUCUCAUUCUCUCUUGGGUGCAGAUGAGCUCGGCAAUAUUCCAUUUUCUACGAAAGAAGAGCCUGAAGCGGAGACGGCAGAUCGGGCUGAACAUGAUACUGGCAAUGACAAUGAUCAAGAGAAACUAUGGUGUAUUUGCAGACAGCCUUAUGAUGAAAGGUUCAUGAUAUGCUGUGAUAAAUGUGAAGAUUGGUUUCAUGGCAAAUGUGUAAACGUCACCAAGAAAGAAGGAAAGCGCAUGGAAAGGGAGAAUAUUAGCUGGAUGUGUCCAAAGUGUACUGAUUCUGGAAUCUAUAGAUGCAAGUAUUGUGGAUCACUCUAUGCCAUUCCUCUUGUCUUAGCAAGGCAUCUCAAGUACAAACAUGGGUUGUCCGGCGUUUUCAUAUUAGAAGUUGGAUCAAGGGGAGACAUUCUAAAAUAUAGUGGAGCAAUACAGGAAACCUCUGACAAUAUUAAUGAACAUGAGGUUGAUGACAUCAGAACUUUGAAAUCAGAAACACCAAACCACAAUAUGCCACAGACUACAUCACAUGAAUUAAGGUACCUUGUAAGACGCAAGCAAGUCCGAAGACGUAACCAGCCCUGUAAAGUGAACAUAUGCAGUAAGGCUUUUAGUCAUGGUAAGAGGCUCACAAAACACAAACGAAUCCAUCGGGGCAAAAAACCUUAUCAUAAGGCAUCAAGUAAUAACAGUUCUUCAAAAGGUCAUAAAAAAAUGAAAACACAAGAAAAGCCUUAUGCCUGUGAUGAAUGUGGUAAGGCAUUUAGUGCAAGAAGUAAACUCAAAGUCCAUAAACGAACUCAUACAGGUGAAAAACCUUAUGCAUGUGAUGAAUGUGGUAAAGCAUUUAAUGAAAAAUGGACACUCAAAUUACAUAAACGAACUCAUACAGGUGAAAAACCUUAUGCAUGUGAUGAAUGUGGUAAGACAUUUAAUCAAAAAAGUUCCCUCACAAAUCAUAAACGAACUCACACAGGUGAAAAACCUUAUGAAUGUGAUCAGUGUGGUAAGGCAUUUACGAGUAGAAGUUCCUUAACAUAUCAUAAACUAGUUCAUACUGAGAAGAAGCCUUAUGAAUGUGACCAAUGUGGAAAGGGCUUUAUUUCUGGUACUGCAUUAAAAAAACAUACUAGAAUCCACACAGGUGAAAGGCCUUUUGAAUGUGAAGAAUGUGGUAAGGCAUUUAGGGAUGCUAGUUAUUUAAAAAAACAUAAACUAAUGCAUUCAGGUGAAAAGCCUUAUGUAUGUGUUCAGUGUGGUAAGGCCUUUGUUUGUAGUUCUACAUUUAAAAUACACACUAGAAUCCACACAGGUGAAAGGCCUUUUGAAUGUAAAAAAUGUGGAAAGGCAUUUAGGGGUGCUAGUCAUUUAAAAAUACAUGAACAAAUCCAUACAGGUGAGAAACCCUAUAUUUGUGAUCAGUGUGGUAAGGCCUUUAGUAAAAAACAAACUCUCAAAUAUCAUAAACUAACCCAUAUGGAUGAAAAGCCGUAUGUAUGUGAUCAGUGUGGUAAAGCGUUUAGUUGUGGUAAGGCAUUUAAAAAACACACUAGAAUCCACACAAGUGAAAGGCCUUUUAAAUGUGAAGAAUGUGGUAAGGCAUUUAUUGACAGUUGCGCUUUAAAAAAGCAUAAACAGAUCCAUACAGAUGAGAAGCCAUAUAAUUGUGAUCAGUGUGGUAUGGAAUUUCGUAGAAAACAGGCUUUAAGAACUCAUAAACUUAUCCACACGGGUGAGACACCAUACGCGUGUGAUCAUUGUGGCAAAGCAUUUCGUUGUAAAUGGGUUCUAAAAGAUCAUAAACAAAUCCAUACAGGUGAGAAGCCCUUUCUUUGUGAUCAGUGUGGUAAGGCCUAUAGUUGUGGUACUGCAUUUAAAAAACACACUAGAAUCCACACAGGUGAAAGGACUUUUGAAUGUGAAGAAUGUGGUAAGGCAUUUAUUGAUCGUCCCAUGUUAGAAAAGCAUAAACUGAUCCAUACAGGUAAGAAUCCAUAUGUUUGUGAUCAGUGUGGUAAGGAAUUUCGUAGUAAACAGGGUUUUAGCUGUCAUAAACUUAUCCACACAGGUGAGACACCCUAUGCAUGUGAUCAGUGUGGCAAAGCAUUUCAUUGUAAACGGGUUCUAAAAAGACAUAAAAAAAUCCAUACACGUGAGAAGCGCUUUAUUUGUGAUCAGUGUGGUAAGGCCUUUAGUCAAAGACAAAAUCUCAAAAAACAUGUACUAACCCAUACCGAUGAAAAGCCCUAUGUAUGUGAUCAGUGUGGUAAAGCAUUUUCUAUUAUACAUUAUUUGACGAGUCACAAACGAAUCCAUCUCAAUGAGAAGCCUUACAAAUGUGAUGAUUGUGGCAAGACCUUUAAUUUUCAAAGAGAAUUGAAAGUACAUUAUAGAAUCCAUACAGGUGAGAAGCCACACAUUUGUUAGAAAUGUGGUAAGGGAUUUCGUGUUAUUGGUUAUCUAACUAAACAUAUGAAACAAGUCCAAAAAGGUUUGGAGCCUUCAUUUGGUAAGGCAUUUAAUCAAAAUGGUGCUCUGUAACAAAUCCACACAGGUGAGAAGCCAUACAUUUAUGAUCAGUGUGGUAAGGCAUUUCGUCAAAUUACUGCUGUAACAACUCAUGAAACGAACCCUUGUAGGUGGAAAGCCUCAAUUUUGUAAGGCAUUUAAUGAAACUAGUGCUCUCUUGUAAUACCAAUUGAUAUUAAGAACAACGAUUGAUUAUUACUCAUUUAUGGCCAGUAUGGAAAAAAACAAACCCAUGCCCAUUGCACCACCCAUAGGAGAUGCUCUCACUUUUGGGAAUUUUUUUAUUAUUGGCGUUACUUGUAUAUGCUUUCGGUAGAGAGAACAAAUCUCAUAUACUAUUCAUUCCAUUGAAGAUGAAAAGGUUAUACAAUAUCUGUAUAGAAUUUCAAUUGAAAUUGUGGGAUGUUUAAAGGUCAAGUCCACCUCAGAAAAAUGUUGAUUUGAAUCAAUAGAG